CACUUGCCCAAGGGAAAAAUUACAAUUCAGCUCCUCAAAUCAUCGCACCACCUGCGGACUCGACUCGUCACAGAGCAUUCACCGCCAGUGAGCCGCACAACCGGGAGCCUCACCCACUCAUCCACUCCCGCCCCCCCCCUCCCAUCAAGGCCUCCAGGCCUCGAGCUUCAAACCUUCGAUAGGCCCUGCAAGUGCACGAGAUCACAACGUCUGAUGAGCUGCGGAUUUGCUGCGGACUGCGUCACCAUCCCAGCCCGCAGAUCAUACCUCCCACGAGGGAGUAAUCAUCAAUGUCCCCAUUGGCCGGCAUGUCUGCAUGAGCUGCUCCCGUCGUUUCGGUCCUGCGGCGGUUUGCUUCCAUUGACCCCCCGGGGGCCCACGACUUGACUUACCCAUUUGGUGGGGAAGACGAGGACCGCUUGCUUGCACUGACGCGCGAGGCCGUAAACCGCCUAGGACGGUCGACGCCCACUAUCUGCAGCUCAGUUCGGCCCGUUUGUGUUGUUGUCGAGUCGAGUAAACUGAGAAAUUCGUGCAUCGCUGGGCGAGAGAGACUUGGCUGAGUGCUUCGACUAUCGCCUAAGUUUUGCACACGCUGUCUGGCCAAUUUGAUUUGGCUAAACCCAGUCCCGUAUCUCACUCUCACGCUUGAGAGCAUCAUGACGGACUCGGACAGGUUGUCCAUCCUCAACGCGAAUCCCAAGAAGGUUCCAGGACCGCAACUGCUCCACCAUCUUGUCGCGCCCCCAAGCGACUCGCAAGCUGUCGAACACCUUGCCCACGGCCAGAGAAUAUCCUUCACCUACCGUCGCUUCCACGGUUCGGCGGAAUGUAUCGCCAAACGCAUCACGAACGAGCUCACGCUCGGCGAAGGCUCAGAAGGAGAACUGGUUGUCCCUCUGCUCAUUCGCCAGUGUCCGCUCCUGUAUAUAUCCCAACUCGCCAUCCUUAAAGUUGGCGGUGCAUUCUGUCCCCUCAACCUGGAUGCUCCUCCCGAGAGAAUCAAGUUCAUCCUCAAGGAUGUGUCUGCUAGCGUCAUCUUGACAACCGCCGAUCUUGCGCCCAAGAUACCCGUGGACGCGGGCGUGCGCAUCAUUCAAGUCGACGAUAUAGACAUCACAUCCAACAGUGGUGCUGCGAAACUUCGAGAGCCAGGGCCAGACGAUCUGGCCUAUGUCAUGUAUACCUCGGGCUCCACAGGCACACCAAAGGGGGUUGGCAUCUCGCAUUCCGCAGCGACACAGGCCUUGCUCGCGCACAAUCGCCAUGUGCCUCACUUCUCGAGGUUCCUCCAGUUCGCGGCGCCUACUUUCGACGUUUCCGUCUUUGAGAUAUUUUUCCCGCUCUUCAGGGGCAGCACGCUUAUAUCUGUGCACCGAGAGGAAAUGCUCGACGACUUGCCUCGAAUACUGCGUCAUAUGAAUGUGGACGCCUGCGAAUUAACUCCUAGUGUGGCUGGCAGUUUGUUAAGAACGCGAGACCAAGCACCUGGACUGAAGCUAUUAUUGACUAUUGGGGAGAUGCUCAAUGCUCGUGUCGUCGGUGAGUUUGGGGGUGGACCAAGUCGCAAUAGCAUCCUUUGGGCCAUGUACGGACCAACGGAGGCAACUAUCCACUGCACCCUACAGCCAGCACUACCCUCUAGCUCGAACACCGGAAAUAUUGGCUCGCCUCUGGAAACAGUCUCCUGUUUCGUCAUCGAGCCCGGCACCACUGCUGCAGGAGACAGCUUCAAAAUCCUUCCCGUGGGUGAAGCUGGAGAGCUGGCCGUCGGUGGUCAUCAGCUGGCGCGGGAGUAUUUGAAUCGACCGGAGCAGACGGCAUCUGCUUUUAUCUCAACACAUUAUGGCCGUCUAUACCGAACUGGAGACAGGGCACGCAUUACGGCUGAGGGCACACUCGAGUGUCUCGGCCGCUUGUCGAGCGGGCAGGUCAAGCUUCGCGGUCAGCGUAUUGAGCUUGGCGAGAUUGAGCAGGUCACCCUCAAAACACAGGGAUGUCAUGGUGCGGUAGCGGCGGUUGUCGACUCCAACCUCGUGGUCUUUUGUGCAGUCGAUGAAUCCGUCGCCGAGGAUGCCGUCAUGGCAAAUUGCGAAGAGUGGCUCCCUCGCUUCAUGGUACCAAGCGAAGUCGUGUUAAUGAGCGAGUUCCCGCGCCUGCCCAGCGGCAAAGUCGACACGCGGAAGCUCAAAUCCGAUUAUAGCCACCAGAAGUCUGAAGAGAUGGACGCCGAAUUUGUCGAGGAGCUGUCAGCUCGUGACCAGGCCAUCGUUCGAGGAGUGUCCGAAACACUCGAGCUCAAGGCGACCAGGCGGACGGAACUCUCAUCUGCUGGACUGGACUCCCUUAAAGCCAUCAGGCUGGCUUCGUAUUUACGUGCCGAAGGCCUGGAGGUGACAGCUACAAACGUGCUGAGGCAGAGAACCGUUGCCGACAUCUGUGCCACUGUUAGAGAGCGCAAAGAUACUGGGGCAAACGGACGGGAAGAUUCUCACUUGAGCUUGUUGCACAAGGUUGAUGAGAUUCGGGACGCCAUUCCAGCCUUGCACGCGCGUGAAACACAGAUCGAGACCGUUUCCUACUGCACCCCGUUGCAAUCUGCCAUGCUUGCCGAGACGGCACAGAAUCAGCAUGCUUAUUGCAAUCAUAUCAAGCUCCAGGCUGCUCCACAGCUUAUAGCAGAGGAUCUCGUGGCAGCCAUCACCCAAGUUGCUAGCGCAAACGAGAUACUGCGGACGGGCUUCACGCUCUGGAAUGGUCAGCACCUCGCCGUCCUCUUCAAACAAUUUCCUCAAGACAACGUCCGUGUUGUCUCUGCCUUUGAUGCAGACUUUGGCUUCACAGCGCCCGAGGACUUUCUCAAGCCGUUCAGGGUUCAGAUCAAGUGUUCGACGCAAGGAACGCCACAUGACGUGCUAAUCCAGGCACACCAUGCAAUAUACGAUGGAUGGUCCCUGGACACGAUCCUAAGCGACAUCACAGCUCUGUUGAGCCAAACUACGAUAGCGCCGCGGCCACAAUUUCGAGAGGUUGCCCAGUACUACGUCAGUGAUGACAUAAAGGACACCAAUGACGCGGCGAGAUCAUUCUGGAGCGAACACCUCCUUGGAUGGAACAAGACACCGUUUCCUAGGCUGGUCACCAGACACUCCUCGCGAAAUGAGAUUGAGACGAUGCAUGUGACGAGCAAUCUCUCUCGAGAUAUCGUGCGAAGGGUUGGCCAAGAGGUUGGAGUGAGCCCCCACGUCCUCUUCCAAGGAGCGCUGGCCCUGGUAUGGGCUGGCAUUGUGGGUGAACAGGAUGUCAUCCUGGGAACUGUCACAUCGGGGCGCACAAUACCCAUUGAAGGAAUUGAAAAGGUCAUCGGUCCCUGCUUGGCAUCUCUGCCAUUGAGAGUCAACUUCAGCGGCAUAGCAGACGUUUCGGUCCUCCUGAAGAGCAUCCACGCCACAAAUCAUGCCAUCAUGGAGCAUUGUACUUUGCCCCUCGCGCACAUUAGGAAGAUUGCAGGGCUGAGGCCGGCGGAAAGCCUCUACGAUGUGCUGUUUGUGUAUCAAGAGUCUCCAGCGACACAAGACGCCGACAAACUGCUCGUCAAACCGACGUCUCACCUUGACCGCAUCGAGACUACGCUGCUCAUUGAACUCGAGCCCAGAGACGACACAUUUGUUUUGCAAGCCACAUUUCACUCCAUGUAUAUCCCAAGCAACUUCGUCGAACAUCUUCUUGGGCAGCUCCAGAGCUUUGCGCACAACAUGGUCAAUGAUAUCAAUGCACCGCUCAACAAAAUCAUUGGCAAUUUUGAUGGGGGCCUUUCUCUUUACAAUCCGGGACCACGUCUUUUUGAGGGCGUUCCAGAUCUUGCGACGGGAUUCGAAAAGAUUGCUGCAAGUAUUCCGUCGGCCGAUGCGCUUUCCUUCAGCACGUCAUUGAACAGCACAGUGCCACAAACACUGAGCUUUCGGGAUCUCAAUGCGACUGCGAACCAAGUAGCCCAUUUCUUGAUCAAUUCGGGAGCACAGAUCGGCCAAGUUGUUGCCAUUAUCAUGGACAAGUCACCUAUGCUCUAUUGCUCCUUGCUCGGCAUUGUCAAGGCUGGGUGUGCGUAUCUCCCCGUGUUGCCAACAACACCGUUGGCACGAAUUGUUGAGAUCUUUCGCCAGGGCAGGAUAACGCUCUGCCUUGCCGAUGACUCUACUUUGAGAGCGUUGGGUCGGAUGCACGAUGUCAAACUGCUGAGCACAGAUGAUGUUCGUAUGGGGCUGUUUUCCCGGGAAAACCUGGAAAUUCCUGCCGAUGCGUCUCGUCUCGCAUAUGUCAUAUAUACGUCUGGUACGACUGGCACGCCGAAAGGUGUCGCCGUGACUCAAGGGAACAUCGUCAGCAAUAUCACCCAUCUCCGCUCAACUUACCCGGUCACGUCAGCAAAACAGCCGCGCUUCCUUCAAGCAUGUUCGCAGGCGUUCGAUGUGUCAGUCUUUGAGAUCUUCUUCGCAUGGCAUGCCGGCAUGUGCCUUUGCUCCGCGACAAACGACGUGCUUUUCGAAGACCUAGAGAGCUCAAUUAGGCGAAUGGACAUCACCCAUCUGAGCCUGACACCAACUGUGUCAUCUCUGAUCGACCCCACGAAUGUUCCGAGCGUAGAGUUCCUCGUCACCGCCGGCGAGCCAAUGACUCAAUUCGUCCUGGACCGCUGGGGCGACAAGCUGUGGCAGGGCUACGGCCCGUCCGAGACCACCAAUAUUUGCAGUGUCAAAAGAAUGGAUCGUGACGAUCAUAUUGACCACCUGGGAUGGGUGUUUCCAAACACAUCCGUGUUCGUCAUUGCGCCGUCUGAACUUCGGCCCGUCCCCGUCGGUUGGGUGGGUGAAUUUUGUUUCGGUGGCGAUCAAGUUGCCCAAGGCUACUUGAACGAUUCUCAUCUCACGGGUGAAAGGUUCAUCAUCCACCCAGAAUACGGGAGAAUUUACCGAUCUGGAGACCUAGGGCGAAUGCUUCCCGACGGAUCCCUGGUGAUACUUGGCAGGCUUGACGACCAAUUGAAGCUACGCGGACAACGCAUCGAAGCCGGCGAAGUGAACAGCAUUGUCACGAGCACUGGUAUAGCGCAGGCUGCGGUAACGGUCUCUAUUCGGCGAGGACCGGGGUCGUCUAAGCAGCUUGCGUGCUUCUAUGUCAACCGCAAGUCACCUUUAGCGUUCACGGCGCUUGAUGUUGACCCCGAGACCAAUCGUGUCCUCUUUGGUAGUCUCCAGUCCAAGGUCCCAGCCUAUAUGGUGCCAUCUUACUUGAUACCCGUCAGCCAAGUACCUCUCACGUCCAGCGGCAAAGUCGACAGAAGACGACUGCUGGCGAGCUUCGAAGGCUUGUCGCAAGACUACCUCGAAAGCGCCUCUUGCAUCGUGCACGAUCCCGCCCAUGACUCGGACUGGAAUGCUACGGAAGUUACCAUUGCAGCCGUGAUAGCGAAGCAGAGAAACGUCUCCGCGGCCGACGUUGGGCGGUGGACACCUUUUGCUGCCUUGGGCGUCGACUCGAUCACCGCGAUUGACCUCGCCCGGGCUCUGAGCGCGACGCUCGACCGUCGGGUCGCCAUAUCGACAAUUCUUCAAAAUCCCAGUGUUGCACAGCUUGCCAGGUCCAUGGAUGAGAGGAGUGAAGCGCUCUCGAGCAAUGUUGGCCAGUUAAGCUUUGAUGAUGUCUGUGCCCAAAUUGCCGCCGACGCUCGAAAUUUUGUCUUUCAAGACCCGGACAACAUCGAAACCACUUUGCCUUGCACUCCGCUGCAGGAAGCCAUGCUUUCGAAGGGACAGGGUAGCUAUUGCAACAAGAUACUCCUUCGGCUACGCAUUCCGUCAGGUGACAUGAGAAGCUAUUGGAACGUCAUGACACAAAGACACGGCAUACUCAGAACCUGCUUUGUUACGACCAGCAAUGCCGCAUUCCCAAUAGCGCAGGUGGUGCUAAGACACUGGAAGAUUGAUUGGAGAACAUAUAACGUCCAUGAGCCGUCACUCGCGGGAGCUGCCCAUGAGCAUCUAAAAGCACUGCCGGAGCCUAUUGACUCCGGCGCGCCACCUGUCUCGUUUGCUUUCAUUCAGUACAGGGGUUCGACGUUUCUUUCCAUCAUAUGCCACCAUGCGCUGUAUGACGGCGUCGCAAUGGGGAACCUCUGGGAGGAAGUGGAAUGCUUGGCACAAGGGUGGACUCUACCACCGCCAGUACCCUACAAGCCAUUCAUCCAACAAGCGCUGAGCUUGCCGGAUGGUGUUGACGACUUCUGGGCCGGUCAAUUCCGAAGCUUCCAACCAUCGAUAUUGUUCCAGCGUCGUUCCAACGCGGACAUCAAUCAAUGCACGCACAGCAUCUCUCUGGAUAUGCCAUUCAUCGAGGUUCAGGGGCGCCUGAAGGCGAUCGGUGCAUCCCUGCUGUCUGCUUGCCAGGCGGCAUGGGUGAAUGUGCUGUCCAUUGCGUGCGAUACCCCAGACGUUGCCUUCGGAAACGUUGUGAGCGGUCGAAUGCUGGAUCUUGAGGGUCUCGAACGUCUCGUUGCUCCAUGCUUCAACACCGUUCCAAUGCGCAAGGAUAUGUCACGCAGCGCCCAGAACAUCGACAUCGUGAGAUUCUUCCAGAGUCUGAAUACUGAGAUGAUUCGUUAUCAGUUCACAUCACUGCGACAUGUACACAGGCUGGCAAACUGUCAACGCCGAGGCUUGUUCGACACGCUCCUACUGCUUCAACAGCCUCUGCGAGAGAUGAAUGAGCGAGUGUGGACACUGGAGGAAGACUCGGGGGACAUGGAUGUGCCACUUGUUUGUGAAGUGGUUCCGUGCCCAAACCUCAACUCCGUCGUCGUCAACGUGCACUAUGAUAUGGGUUUGGUACCGGGAGAUGCGGCAACGACGAUGGCAGACAUCUUCAAGCAUGUUUUCCGUUGCAUUCUCGAACUGCCAAACGCCAGUCCGCUGGACAGGAAAUCGUCGCCGCGGCACCUGACGUCGGGUCUGAAGGACCUGGUUCCUAAGAGAGAAAAGUUGGACGAAAGCACUCAUCAACAAGUCGACGAAGGCCAUUGGACCCAAACGGAGAGCCAAAUCCGCAAGGUUAUCUCUGAGCUCUCCAAAGUGCCUCUGGCGAACGUGGCACGGAGCACCACUAUUUUUCAGGUCGGGCUGGACAGCAUCAACGCUGUACAAAUAGCCUCAGCGCUGCGUCAGGCAGGAUAUAAGGUGUCUGCAUCGGACGUCAUCGAAUGCUCAACUUGCGAGAAGUUAGCAAGGAGGCUCGCACAUCUCUCUCACCAGCAAGCCGAAGCUUCAGUGCCCUCUUUCGAUCUGCAAAAGUUCUCGACCGAUGUGGUGCCGCAGAUUACAAAGAAGCUUCCGAAUCUGGGCUCCGUAGAGUCGAUUCUCCCCUGCACUCCGGUACAGUCCGCCAUGCUGGCGUCGAGUAUUCAGACAAGAGGUCACACCUACCUCAACAUGCUGACUUACAAGCUCGACAACACGAUUGAGUUGAGCAGCAUAGCGGCCGCGUGGACAGCCGUGGAACAGAUUCAUCCGAUGUUGCGCACUGGCUUCCUCCCUGUGAGCCAUAGUGAUAUCAGCUAUGCGAUGAUCCGACAUUCCCCCGGAUCGCUCGCGUCAAUGAUCGACUCCGUGAUCAGGGGCUUUGAUACCGAACGAUGGAAGCACCUGUCGCGGUCUAAUAUGUUGCAAAAUCAGCAUCUGCCACCAUGGAGAGUCGCAUUGGUGGCAGCCGAGGGCGAAAUCUUGAUGCACAUACUUAUGCACCACGCACUCUACGAUGCCUCAUCGCUAGAAGAGAUUCUGUCAGCUGUCGCGGAACAUCUCAUCGGAAAGACGCGCAUUUUCCCACCGGUCGAACCGCCUUUGACCGAGCUGCUAUCUCGGAGCCUCAAUGACCAGGGCACUGCCCAGAAAUUCUGGGAAAGCCAAGCUGAGGCUGCGGUUGUGAACAAGUUUCCCCUCAUGACGCCGUUGAGGGAGGAGACAUCAGUCGGUCCUGCCACGCAUGACAGAGAGUCCUGUAUGGACUUAAAGUUUCUUCACGAGGCCACACAAUCUCUUGGCAUCUCUCUUCAGGCUGCUAUUGAAGCGUCGUGGGCGCGGGUGCUGGCAUCCUAUCUUGGAGAGAGCUCCGUUGUUUUUGGGGUCACCAUGUCUGGACGGACGACCGACGCCAUGCAAAGCGCCCCGCUACCGUGCAUUACAACGAUGCCGGUUAUCGCCUCGAACACCAAAUCAAACCAUACCCUGCUGAGCAGCAUGAUGCAGUUCAACGUGGAGCUCCACAAGCACCAAUACGCGCCGCUCAGUCUCGUCCAGAAAUGGCUUGGGCAUCCUGCCUCGCCAGUGUUUGACACGCUCGUGGUCUACCAGACGAGGGCGUGGGGUCGGACAGCUCGCCGACCAUGGACCUUGGUCAAGGAUGAUGCCAUGGCAGAAUAUGCUGUCUCGCUUGAAAUUGAGCCAGCUGAGAACGGCUCGGUCCGGCUGUGCUUGACCUUUGCGCCUAAUAUCCUGCCAGAUGAGCAGGCACGCAUUCUUCUGCAGCAAUUCGACGCCACAUUGAAGCAUCUUCUGUGCGAUCCGAACGGGACCGAGGACCACCUGCACCAAAUCCGCCCUGAACUUUUCGCCGUCACCCCAGCUUCGGUGCCGCACAUCACAGCACCAGUUUCGUUCCUCCAUGAGUUUGUGGAGCAAGGCGCUUCUCUUCACCCGAGUCGUGUAGCCCUUGAGUUUGCUAGUGGGUUUGAGAGCAACACCAUUGCCAGAAAGUCGUGGAGUUACUUGGACUUCAAUGUCAUUGGCAACCGCUUGGCGAAUCUGCUUCGUAAGAGCAGCCAAUCUGGAGAUAUUAUCGCGAUUCACUUUCAAAAGUGCCCCGAGGCUUAUUUCUCGAUCCUUGGCAUCCUCAAGGCUGGCUGUUCUUUCGUUGCGCUGGAUCCCAAUGCCCCCAAGGCUCGGAAAGAGUUUAUCCUACGCGAUUCACGGGCCUCCUGCCUCUUGACGGACAGCAACACUAUGCUGGACUUUGAUGUCACCACGAGGCUGGUGCGGAUUGACGAACAGUCUUUGCAGAAUUACUCGGAUAAGGGUCCUCAACUAGGUGGCGGCAUCUCGCCCAACAACACGUGUUACUGUCUAUACACAUCGGGGACCACAGGCACGCCAAAAGGCUGCGAAAUCACGCAUGAGAAUGCGGUGCAGGCAAUGAUGGCGUUCCAACACCUCUUUGAGGGGCACUGGGAGGAAAGUUCGCGCUGGCUACAGUUUGCGGCGCUUCAUUUCGACGUCUCUGUUCUAGAGCAGUACUGGAGCUGGUCUACGGGCAUCACGGUCGUCGCAGCACCACGAGAUCUGAUCCUCGACGACCUGACGGGAUCUAUCCAUAGGCUCGGCAUUACUCACAUCGAUCUUACGCCCUCUUUGGCAAGAUUGACGCACCCCGAUGACGUACCGAAUUUGUGCAGAGGCGUCUUCAUCACCGGCGGCGAGUCGCUCAAACAAGAGAUUCUCGAUGCGUGGGGUUCCAAAGCCGUAAUAUACAAUGCCUACGGUCCAACCGAGGCCACGAUUGGUGUGACGACGUAUCCGCGAGUUCCCGUCAAUGGCCGCCCAAGCAACAUUGGGAGGCAGUUUCUCAAUGUCGGGUCCUACGUCUUCCAGCCGGGUACUGAGAUCCCUGUCCUCCGAGGUGGUGUGGGGGAGUUGUGUGUUUCAGGCAAGCUGGUUGGGAAAGGCUAUCUGCAUCGACCGGACCUGACCGCGGAACGCUUUCCUACAUUGUCGGGCUUUGGGGGCGAACGGAUCUACCGCACAGGUGAUUUGGUUCGCAUCCUUCAUGACGGAUGCUUUGACUUCCUCGGCCGGGCAGACGAUCAAGUCAAGCUGCGUGGCCAGCGUCUUGAAAUUGGCGAAAUCAAUCACGCCAUUCGCACUGGAGCGCCCGAAGUCAAGGAUGUAGCGACAAUUGUUGUGCGACAGGAAUCGGGUGGCAAAGAUGUGCUGGUCUCGUUUGUGGUGGGAGACGCGGAGCCUGCUACGGCAAAUCUCGCUGUGCUUCCUGACCCAGACGGCGUUGCUAGCAAGGCUCGGGAGGCCUGUAUCGAACGACUUCCAGGGUACAUGGUCCCGACAUAUUUUUUGCGAUUGCCGUACAUUCCGCUGUCGCCCAACAACAAGGUCGAAGCAAAGGCGUUGAAGACCGUCUUCGCGAGCUUGUCGCAAGAAGACCUCAUUCAAUUCUCGGCUGCGGCAAUGGCCUCCUCCCAUGGUCAAGUGGAUCAGAAGGUCCUGGGGAGGCUGUCACAAGCCCUUGGAAAUUUCAGCAACGUCUCCAAGGACAGCAUCUGUGCAUCGACGAGCAUCUUUGACCUUGGCGUUGACUCGAUAUCUGCCCUUCAGCUGUCGACACAGCUCAAAUCCGAGGGCUUCCCCGGCGCCUCGCCUAUCGUCCUCCUACGAAGCCCUGUCGUUGCUGACCUAGUCAAGGCUCUGUCAAAGAAACAAUCUGCAAGUGUGGAAUCAGGUGCCAUCAGGGCGGCCAAGCAAGCGAUCCAAGCUUGCAACCACCGGUAUCGCCCUCUUGUAUGCCGCGAACUGGACGUAACGGCCGAGGACAUCGAGUACAUAGCGCCGUGCUCGCCGCUACAACAGGGAAUCAUCUCCAAAGCUUUGACCGACGAAAGUGGCAGCGCAUACUUUAACUCAUUUGUGUUGACGGUCGACGAAUCCACGUCAAUUCCACGCGUUCGGGAAGCCUGGGAGCGACUGGUUAAUGCCAAUGCUAUCCUGCGGACUGUGUUUAUAGAGACAUCCAAUGGCUACAUUCAAGCCGCGAUGAAGAAGUCUGGCAUCUCAUGGGAGAGCCGCAUCGUGGAGACGGAGGAGGUUGGAGAUAUCAUUCAGACCGCACGCCAGAGCUGGAUCGCUCGCAACCGCGAUCAGAUCCUCCAGCCAAUGCAUUUCACCCACAUUGUCGAGGCGGGCUCCCACAAGGUUGUGCUCCAUCUCUUCCAUGCACUGUACGAUGGGAACAGCUUUGACCUCAUGAACCAACAAGCCUCGGCUCUGUAUCGUGAUAGGCCGGGUCAGCCAGGUCCAUCGUUCAUUGAAGCCCUGUCUUACGGCCCAUUGGGCAAGUAUGAUCACUCUGAGCAAUUUUGGGUCGAGCACCUGAGCGGUUGGUCCUGGGCACCGGUCACCACAGAAUCGCCGCCCGUCGAAGCACGGCCUCCCAUCAUCGCAACACGAACGAUCUCCCUCGCCCAGUUUGAGCAACUGCGGGCCCGCCACAACGUCACAUUGCAAACUGUUGUUUUAUCGCUCUGGGUUUCCGUGCUGCAAGAUUACCUUGGGGAUAAGCUCACAGUUGGAGUCAUUGUCUCUGGUCGCACGAUCGAUCUUCCAGGCGCAGAGCGAACUAUUGGUCCCUUGUUCAACACCGUCCCGUUCUUCAACAAGACGUUGACAGGCCAGACCUGGGCAGCAUUAAUUCAGCACGCUCAUGAGUUCAACACGUCAGUCCUCGACUUCCCACAUGUCCCACUCAAGAGCGUGCAGAAGUGGUGUUCUGGCGGGCAGGCGCUUUUUGACAACCUGUUUGCGUUCCAGAUCGAGCAGCCGACUCUCCACAACGUGGCAGCGCCGUGGACGAUUGCGAACAGCGUAGAUCAGGCAGAUUAUCCGCUGGCCAUGGAGGUGACGCGUACUGUUGGUGGCGCGAUGCAAUGCACACUGGUGGCGCAAAGCCAGGUUGCGGACGAUGCGGUUCUGGAGGACCUACUCAUCCGUAUGGAGGCUGCCGCAGCGAAGGCUCAAGAGGACGAGUUUGUCGCUCCAGAUUCAGUCGAGGCUGCAAGUUGCGAUGUUCCUCACUUAGAGGCCCAGGUCGCCUCUGGUGUAACUCAUCCCGAAGAAGAGUUCCAGUGGUCAGAUCAGGCCCGCCUCAUACAGCGAGAGAUGGCGAAGCUUGCAGACGUUCCGGUGGAGCAGAUCAGUCCUUCCACGACAAUGCUUGAGCUUGGACUGGACAGUAUCGACGUGAUCAAGCUGUCUAACAGGCUGAAGCGCGGCGUAACACAAAUAUCGGCUUCCUGGCUCAUGAAAAAGCAGACCAUUUCGCGCAUUGUUUCAGACCUUCCACUUGACAAUGGCGCCCCUAGGCCAGCGGUUGACGCCAUUCUUCAAGACAUUGCGCCAAAACUACGCAUGCAAGUAGAGCAGGCCAACAUAGACAUGGACGAUGUCGAGUGCAUUCUGCCAUCGACGGCGCUUCAAGAAUCCAUGCUUGCGGGCAUGCUGGAAUCGGACUUCGAGUGGUACUUCAACCACGAUGUCUUGGAGGUUGCUGACGGCGUCGACAUGGGCCGGCUUCGAGCGGCCUGGGAACAAGUCAUAGCACAGUCGCCAGUACUUCGGACAGGCUUCAUCCAAGUCGACGACACGUCGCUGGACGUGGCGUUUUGCCAAGUCGUGUUCCGCAAAGGAGCCGCGCGCGUCGCGUUCGAGGAUCUCUCCGAGCUAUCUGAGAUUGAGGCGGUGAAGAAGGCGGCAACGAAACGAGCAGCCGAGAGCGGGCUGCUGUCGAAUCUGCUGCAGAUUACUUUCGCGACCGUUGGCAAGGACCGUUUCGUCGUGCUGUCCCUUGCACACGCGCUCUACGACGGGUGGUCUUUAGGUCUACUCUACCAAGACCUCCAGGCUGCAUAUGAGGGCACGCCUACACUCCGACCCUCGCCAGACUUGUUUCUCUCCAAGUCCAGUACGUCUCAAAGCUCUCGAGGGCGCGCGUUCUGGUCAACGUACCUCGACGGCGUCGUCCCCACCGUUCUCGACGGCCAAGCUCAAGCAAUGGCAAUUGCAUCUCCCAAGCUGCACCGGGUGGAGACUAUUUCCCGCGUGCUGUUGUCUGAGGUUACAGCAUUUUGUAAGAAAAAUUCGCUCAGCCUGCAGGUCGUCUGCUUUGCCUGUUGGGCCACCGUCCUUGCCCACAGGACCCGAUCACUGGACGUUGUUUUUGGGUUGGUCCUAUCCGGCCGGGACUUUGACGGUGCCGAGGACCUGUUGUUCCCGACGAUGAACACGGUUGCAAUGAGAUGCCUGCUACAUGGGUCAGUGACAGACUUUCUCAAGUACGUUGAGGAAUCAAUGACCGACAUACGUGACUACCAAACCUUUCCUCUGCGAAAGGCCCAGGCCGCGGCCAAGGUCACUGCCACAGAGAUGUUCAACUCCCUGUUCCUCCUGCAGAAGGCUCCCGAGCAGGAUCCGUCCGAGCCGAAGCUACUCAAAUCUGUUGACGGCGCUUCUGCAGUGGACUAUCCGGUGUGUAUCGAAGCUGAGGCAAUCACUGGACGACUCUGCUGGCGAACUGCAUGUCAAAGCAAGUUCUUUACCGAAGGGGACGCACAUGACCUGAUAGAGGACCUCGAUAGUGCCCUGCAGUUUUUCUGUGGAUCUCCGAAAGCGGACCUUUUGCAGUUCCGCGGGCAUGAGGUUUCCAUCUGUGGAAUGAUUCCAGUCACGAUUAAUGAGAACGCAUUCACCCUCAGUUCUCAAGAGACGGAUCAAAACGUUGACGAGAAGCACAACAGCGCUACGUCUCUAUUGAUACGCGAGACUCUAAGUCAAGUUUCGGGUGUCCCGGAAGAGUCCAUUAAGCCUUCUUCUACGAUCUAUCACCUUGGCCUUGAUUCCAUAAGCUCGAUCAAGCUGUCGGUUCUACUACGCAAACGGGGCAUUACUCUACGCCCGCGUGAUCUGGCAACGGCUUCGAGUAUUAGGGAACUGGCCAAAAUGGCAACGAUUACUGAAGAGAAUGCCGGUGCAGUGGGCCGAAAGAACGAAGCAUGGGUGCCACCCGAUGACCUGAAUGUCGAUAGACUCGUCUCUGAAUCUGGCAUCUCCAUGUCGGAUGUCGAGAGGAUUCUCCCCGCGACUCCGCUACAAGUGUACAUGCUAACAGCUUGGAGCAAGAGCGGUGGGUCGGUCUUCUACCCUGACUUUUGCUAUCGGAUCGGCGGUGUGGCCGAAAGAGCCCAGUUUCAUCGUGCGUGGGACGCACUCGUCGCCGUGACGCCCAUCUUACGAACGAGGUUCAUUGCUACCGGAUCGAAGGACCUACCGUUUAUGCAAGUCGUGGCGUCCGCAGACGCCUUGCAGUCGAAGCGUGUGACGCAGCCGCUGUCUCGCAUUUUUGUGGAAGGUGGCCAGAGCGAUGGGGUGAUGACUUUCAGACUCGCUAUUCAUCAUUCUCUAUACGAUGGCGUCAGCCUCCCUGCCAUUGUUGCGCAGCUGGUUAGCCUGCUCAAUGAUGAUGGCAAAGCAGCUGCCGUGGAGCCUGACAUUGCUCCGUGGGCUUCUUUUGCCGCCUUGCCCCUGACGGAACGCUCGCGCAAUGACAGGAAGGCGUUUUGGACGGCGUAUCUACGCGAUACGGCGGUGGAGGUUGCUCCUCCUCCCGGCACCGUAUCUAGUAUCACAGACUGCCGUACACGCACUGCAUUUUUCGACGACACGGCCAUGACAGACACAUCAGAGUUGCAGCUCUUGGCAGCACGGCAUGGCAUCAGUCUCCAGGCUCUUUUCCUCGCUGCAUACGCUCGGUCCAUUCAUACCGGGCUGUCUGCCGCCGUCACAUCCGUGGUGUUUGGUAUAUACCUCGCGAAUCGCACCGGCGAAACGGACGCCCCAUCUACGCUCUUCCCCACGCUCAACCUCGUUCCUCUUAGGGUCCGCCUCAACCCCGAGACAGACUUGCUGGAGGUAGCAAAGGCUGUGCAAGAGGACAUUCACUCCGUGAGCAGCCUUGAACGACCGGAUGUCGGCCUUUGGGAAAUAUACGAGUGGACGGGCGUACGGGUGCACUCGUUUGUCAAUUUCCUCAGCUUGCCGGGUGGCGAUGUGACUGCUCCGUUAUUGUCGCCAGUACCUUGCAUGGAAAAGGUUGCCUUGACGCCGCUCGAGGAGACUGCAGACAUAUCGACAACAGAACGCAGGUUCGACUCGUCCACGCUGCUCAACGAGCCGUGGCUACAGAGAAAUGCCGUGGCGGAUGCCUACCCCAUGUCCAUCGACGUGGAAGCCGCGCUGCAGCCCAACGGCGGGCUCGCCAUUGGCGUAUUCGGGCCCCGGGAGCUCUUGUCCGGGGACGCGGCAACGCAGCUGGCGGGGAGCGUGGCGGCGUUGCUGCGUGAAGCCGCCAAUGAUGGUUGAAAGUUUUGUUUGAGCUCUCUUCUCUCGUCUUGUGGCUCUUCCAUGACCAUAUCUCCUACCUUUUCGGUUGUUUUAUGUUGGCAUUGCUCCUCUCUUCGUUUUCUCUUUGUUGUUCUUCAUCUUGUUUUAGCCUGUUUACUGAAUUUUUGGCAUAGCGAACACGAGAUAGCCAGUCAUGUCAUAGUUGCCUAGUUUUCUACAUCAAUAGCUAUGAUCUUGUGCCUUUAACGGUGGUUAGGCACC